AUGAGGAUACAUCUGCUAUUGCUGAGUAUAUUUGGCGUCAGCUGCGCAUACUUGGACCCAUCCUUCCGCGGGUCUUCCUACGAGAUUAUUCGACACCUGGUGAACGGUCCGAUGCGCGGGCAGGCGAAGAGGUGGAUGGAAGAGAUCUGUGAUGAUUUCGGGCCCAGGCUGGCCGGGACACAGGCGUUAGAGAGCUCCAUUGACGCCAUCACCCAAAAGCUACGCCUCGAUGGCUUCCAGAACGUCCACACUGAGCCGGUGCCAGGCAUUCCGCAUUUUGUGAGAGGAGAGGAUCGGGUUACUGUAACUGCCCCUCGACGAAUGGAUCUGAACAUCCUGGCGAUCCCUGGAAGUAAGCCGGGCCGAGUUCGAGCUGAAGCUGUUGUGCUGGAGGACAGAAAUGAUAUUAAGCCCCACCGUGUAGCCGGCAAAAUCGUGGUGAUAGUAAUGCCCUGGAAAGGCUACACCUGGACCGUUCAGCACCGACAGCUUGGAGAAGAGGCAGCAAGAUACGGUGCCGUUGGACUACUUGUGAAAUCAGUGGCCCCAUCAAGCAUGGGUAGCCCGCAUACCGGAUGGGGAGAAGGUUCGAUCCCAGCUGCCUCGCUGACCGUUGAAGAGGCCGAGAUGCUAAAACGCUGGUCCCAACGCGGCAAGCGCAUCACGAUCGAUAUGGACAUCCGGUCGAGGGUGAUGCCCGACAAAGUAAUGUCCCGGAAUACGGUGUUCGAGAUUAAAGGCUCUCACCAUCCCCAUGAAAUCGUAUUGCUGUCAGCUCAUUUGGACUCGUGGGAUGUUGGACAGGGAGCCCUCGACGAUGCCGGCGGCUGCGCAGCGGUGCUUUACGCCAUGAAAGCAAUUAAAGAAAUGGCUGACAGGAAUCCGAGAUACCGCCCGAAACGGACGAUCCGCGGAAUUUUCUGGACAGCCGAGGAGCAGGGAUUCAUCGGGGCCCAUCAAUAUUAUGCGGAUCACGGGGAUGGACAACGAGGAGAAAAGUUCGUAUUCGUCUCCGAGUCGGACAACGGUGCCUUCAAGCCGACAAACUCCACGUCGAAUCUGGCAUUCAAGGGAAAUCGAGAACAGAUGGACAUCAUGCACGAAAUCGUGGCCAUCAUCAAUGCCUACGGGAUCCCGUUGAAGACAAUCUACAGUAAUGCACAGGGCGACGUGGGCCAAUUUGCACUCGAUGGCGUCCCGUCGACAAUGUAUAUUUCUGAUAAAGGCUGGGAAUUCUACUUCAACUUCCACCACAGCGCCGCCGACUACUCGGACAAGGUCUCCGCCGAGGACAUUGAUCAUACGGCCGCCAUUUUUGCCGUGUUGGCCCACGUUAUCGGGAAUAUGAGGGAAUGGGUACGG